GCUGCGGGCUCGGCGCGCGCGGGCCAUGUCCGCCUUCUGCCUGGGCUUGGCCGGCCGAGCUUCAGCACCCGCCGAGCCGGACAGCGCCUGCUGCAUGGAGCUGCCCGCCGGCGCCGGGGACGCAGUCGGGAGUCCCGCCGCCGCCGCCGCCCUCGUCUCCUUCCCCGGGGGCCCCGGGGAACUGGAACUGGCCUUAGAGGAGGAGCUGGCGUUGCUGGCGGCCGGGGAGCGGCCGUCCGACCCCGGGGAGCAUCCUCAGGCGGAGCCGGGGUCUCCGGCUGAGGGGCACGGACCGCCCCCGCCGCCGCCGCCGCCUACCCAGGAUCCCGAGCUGCUGUCGGUGAUCCGACAGAAGGAGAAGGAUCUGGUGCUGGCGGCCCGGCUGGGCAAGGCUCUGCUCGAGAGGAACCAGGACAUGAGCCGACAGUACGAGCAGAUGCACCAGGAGCUGACCGAUAAGCUGGAGCACUUAGAACAAGAGAAGCAUGAACUGAGGAGACGGUUUGAGAAUCGGGAAGGGGAGUGGGAAGGCCGGGUGUCGGAGCUGGAGACAGACGUGAAGCUGCUGCAGGAUGAGCUGGAGAGGCAGCAGGCCCACCUUCGAGAAGCAGACCGAGAAAAGACGCGAGCAGUCCAGGAGCUGUCAGAGCAGAACCAGAGGCUGCUGGAUCAACUCAGCAGGGCAUCUGAAGUUGAGAGACAACUGUCCAUGCAGGUCCACGCACUCAGAGAAGACUUCCGGGAGAAAAACUCAUCCACCAACCAGCACAUCAUCCGGCUAGAGAGCCUUCAGGCUGAGAUCAAGAUGCUGUCGGAUCGGAAACGGGAGCUGGAGCAUCGGCUCAGCGCUACCUUAGAAGAGAAUGACCUGCUUCAAGGCACUGUGGAGGAGCUGCAGGACCGGGUGCUGAUCCUGGAAAGACAGGGCCAUGACAAAGAUCUACAGCUGCACCAAAGCCAGCUGGAGCUGCAGGAAGUGCGGCUGUCCUACCGGCAGCUGCAGGUGAGAGUAGAGGAACUCACGGAGGAAAGGAGCCUGCAGAGCUCGGCCGCUACCAGCACGUCCCUGCUGUCCGAGAUCGAGCAAAGCAUGGAGGCCGAGGAGCUGGAGCAGGAGCGAGAGCAGCUGAGGCUGCAGCUCUGGGAAGCCUACUGCCAGGUUCGCUACCUCUGCUCACACCUCCGAGGGAACGACAGUGCCGAUUCAGCCGUGUCCACAGAUUCCUCCAUGGAUGAGUCCUCCGAAACCUCGUCUGCCAAGGACGUGCCUGCUGGCAGCCUGCGCACUGCCCUCAACGAUCUCAAGAGGCUGAUACAGAGCGUUGUGGAUGGCGUGGAGCCCACGGGUGCCCGGAGGAUGGACGAUGACCCCUUGGAAGAGCAGAUAAGGCAGACCAGUGCAGACUCGAGAGCCCUGAGAGAGCUCAUGGAGGGGGAGAGGGGUAAACUGAGGCAGAGCCUAGAAGAGCUGCAGCAACUCCACAGUCAGGUGACGCUGCUAAGUGUAGAGAUGACUGCACUGAAGGAAGAGAGGGACAGACUCAGGGUGACAUCUGAGGACAAGGAGCCAAAGGAGCAGCUUCAGAGAGCCAUCAGGGACCGGGAUGAGGCCAUUGCAAAGAAGAAUGCUGUAGAGCUGGAACUUGCCAAGUGCAAGAUGGACAUGAUGUCUCUGAACAGCCAGCUGCUGGAUGCCAUUCAGCAGAAACUGAACCUCUCACAGCAGCUUGAGGCUUGGCAGGAUGACAUGCACAGGGUCAUUGACAGGCAGCUGAUGGACACGCACCUGAAGGAACAGAGCCGGCCUGCUGCUGCCGCCUUCUCUAGGGGCCAUGGCGUAGGGCGGGGGCAGGAACCCAGCACCAUGGAUGGCAAACGGCUCUUCUCCUUCUUCAGGAAAAUUUAAGUGGGGAAGAGUCCGACGGUUGAGGAUGGGGACUAGAGGCAGUCCAGGAGGGUCUCCAGUCAGCUGCAGCUGGGCAGCUACGGUGCCUGCCCAGCUGCCCUGGGGCCAGGUGGUUCCAGAGCCCACCCUUCUGUCAGUGCAGUGGGGUCUGAGAAUUAGGGGCCUGUAUGGCUCUAUACCAAGGACAGGAAUGAACCCUGUCCCCACUGCCCAAGCCAAGCCUCAGCCUGGGCUUCCCCAGGAUCCUGUUAGUGAGCAGGGCUGAAGCCACUUCCCAUGCAGACCACGGAUGGGCUCUGCUACUCAGACCCAGCUCAUCACAGCCCCUCCCCCAAAGGCUCUGCUGCCUCCUUGGAUUUGAACAUGGGGACAGAGAUUGAGGCCCUCCUGUGCAUGCCUCAGGAGGCCUGAGCCUCCAUCCCUGCCCCGGCCACUUGCCUGGACAAGGGGAGGCUCAGCCCCUCACCCGUGUGCUCACCCGUGUGCAUGCACCCGUGCUGGGGUCUUGAACGGCAGGAGCCCAGCCUGUGGCUGUGGGGCCUAAGAACUGGGUUACCCAAGUUCCCUUGAGGCUGUUCUGUACCCCGGGGAAGGGACUGUCUUCUGGCUGCCACCGCCUCAGCUUCCCCAGCGCAGGCAGUCCUGACCUAGUGAGGCCUGGGCUGGCGGCACCCCAUUGAUCCUCUGUAGGCGCUAGCCUUCCAGACUUUUCCCCCUCAUGGGGUAGGGCUGGGACAGCCCUUGUCUUCCAUAGCUCCCUCCCACCUCAAAUACAACCGGGCCGAGCCGAGCAAGUUCAGGCCACAAAUGGCCCCAAGGGGACUAGUUUAACCACCGGCACACAGAAGGCAGCGUGGGUGCCCCAGGGUGGGUGGGGCGAGGCUGCUGGAGCUUCCAGAUACUGCCCCCAGGCCUACAAGGGCUGCAACCUGCAGCCUGCUCCUCCUGCACUGCCCCAUCCCUGCUGAGGCCCCGCUGAGGCGCUGUGGGCCCGGCCUGUGGCUGCUCACCACUCACCAAGCCUCUGCCCUCAACAGGGAAAGCACAGCAGGGCUGAGCAGAAAGAAUGUAUUUACAGAUAUGUACAUACCACAGUGCUGUAAUUUUGUAUGUAGCAGCUGUGUAAAUACACGUACGGAUUUUAUAAUACACAUAAAUCUAUAAAGGCAUAUUUUUAGAAAAACAGCAUACCACUGCUUCUUUUGAAAAUAGUCUGAAUAAGAAUAAAACUAAUUUCUACACAA